AAAAAGCACUUUUCCUUGCGCGUGGUGCGGACGGGUUUGGAGUCGGUGCCCGACCUCACGGGGCUGAGCCGCGCCGCCGUCGUACACAUGGUAGACCUGGAGAGCAACAAGAUUGGUGACCUGCAACCAAAUUCUGUUUCAGUGGAAACAGCGCAAUUGAUCCUCAAUUAUAACUCCAUAGAAGCCGUGCACGGAUGGGCUUUCAACGGCUCCAAGAUCGCUGCUUUGAGCCUCAAAGGCAACUGGCAGCUGUCCUACCUGCACGAGCACGCCUUCAGCGGCAUCCACAGCCUCGCCGACUUGGACCUGUCGCAGACGGCCAUCACGCAGCUGCCCACCAGCGGCCUGGGGGAGCUCCACCGGCUGCGGCUGGAAGAGGCGCCCCAUCUCACCACCAUACCCUCCGUCUACAGCUUCAGGCACCUUCGGGAGGCAUGGCUGACGUACAGCUUCCAUUGUUGCGCCUUCAAGUUUCCUGCCAGGCACGACCCUGAGAAGCACAAGGCUUACAUGGCGAUGAUGCGCAACUACUGCGGCGCCGACUUCGACGACACGGGCCAGGCGGGCGCGUCUGCGGCCACCACCGAGGGGGAGAUGAGGUGGCGCCGCGACACGGACCACGGCGGGGACUUCGGGGAGUUCGGCGAGUUUGGCGAGUGGGGCGGCAGCUUCCAGGGGGGCGACUCGGCCGGCAGCGACGAGCGGCUGACGGAGGAGGGCGGCGGCUGGUGGGGCGACCUGGGGGCGGCGCAGGAGGCGGGCUGGGGCGACCUGCACCAGCACGAGCACGAGGACCACGGCGACUUCUCGCAGACCACGGCGCGCAUCCCCGACACGCGCAUACACGCCCUCUGCGGAAACCUCUCGCGCAGUUCGGUGGCGGUGCGGUGCACGCCCGAGCCGGACGCGCUCAACCCGUGCGAGGACAUCAUGGGCCUGCCGUGGCUGCGCGGCUGCGUCUGGGUCGUGGUGACGGCCGCGCUGCUGGGCAACGCCGCCGUGCUGCUCGUGCUGCUCUGCUCCGCCUCGGACCUCACCGUGCCCAAGUUCCUCAUGUGCCACCUGGCCACCGCAGACUUCUGCAUGGGCCUCUACCUGCUCGCCCUCGCCGCUAUGGAUCUCAAGUCCAUGGGCUUCUACUUCAACUACGCCUACUCCUGGCAGAUCGGUGCGGGCUGCCAGGUGGCGGGCUUCCUGACGGUGUUCGCCAGCCAGCUGUCGGUGUACACGCUGUCCGUGGUGACGCUGGAGCGCUGGUUCGCCAUCACGUACGCCAUCUACCUCAACAAGCGGCUGUCGCUACGUGCCGCGGCACAAGUCAUGGCCGGGGGCUGGCUGUACGCGCUCGGCGUCGCCACGCUGCCGCUGGUCGGCGUCAGCAACUACUCCAGUACCAGCAUCUGCCUGCCGAUGGAGGCGCGGCGCGCGGGUGACGUGGCGUACCUGGUGGUGCUGCUGGCGGGCAACGGGCUGGCCUUCCUGAUGGUGGCCGUCUGCUACGCGCAGAUCUACGCCUCGCUGGGCCGCGACACGCGCCACGCCGCGCCGCGCUCCGGCGAGCUCACCGUCGCCAACAAGAUGGCGCUGCUCGUCUUCACCGACUUCGCCUGCUGGGCGCCCAUCGCCUUCUUCGGCCUCACCGCCGUCGCCGGCUACCCGCUCAUCGACGUGACGCGCUCCAAGAUCCUGCUCGUCUUCUUCUACCCGCUCAACUCGUGCGCCAACCCCUACCUGUACGCCAUCCUCACGGCGCAGUACCGCCGGGACCUCGUCAUACUGCUCGCCAGGUACGGACUGUGUACUCGGAUGGCGCAGAAGUACAAGAUGGGCUACUCGGUGCCGACGUCCAACAACUCGAACCCAGUGCCGCUGCUGCCGUGUGCUUCCAAAUCAUUACGAAAAAUCAUUGCUGAUAAUUUAUAUCUUCAGGAUGAAUUCGAAAGCAGAAGUGAACCAAAAGUAACAGCGGCUGAUGUGUAA